AUGUUUAGGUCGCGCCGGCGCGCGACUUCGAAUCCGCCUCCAAACCGUAACACCAGCGCCCCGACUCCCACCGCUGCCCUCGCUGCCAGCCAGGCAUUCCUGAAGAAUGCGAACUCCAAUGCAUCCCUCUCCUCCGCUGCAGCGGCGGCGGCCCUGCGCACCCACAGCCCCCCGCCGGUCUCAGUCGGCAGCAUCCAAACGAAGCGCAUGCAGAGGAGGGGGUCCUCGGGGAGUAGCGCGAGCGCUCCUGGGAUGCGGCGACAGCCUAGUUCCGGUUCUAUGAGUGAGAGAACUUUUCGUUCGCCGUCACCAUCGGGGAGAGCAUGGGCGCCAGCUCCUGCGGAUGCUAAUGCACCUCCAGUGCCAGCAAUCCCAAAGGACAUUUCACCAGCUUCCAAGCACAGACGAGCCGCGAGCGAAGCUGUGCUAGGAUCAGGCAAGCCAAGGGAUCAAAGCACGGGGGAGUGGGCUUCACGUAAUUCUCCGGACGCAAAAGAAGGGACUCAAAGGGGUUCGAUCAAUUUCUCACGACCUAUGUCGCCUCGGGAGACCCCUCCGGCGAGUCCGCCGCCUCCCAAAAAGGGCCACAGUGGGUGGUUUACCAGUCCCGUCACGAGCGACCAAAAGCCUAGGCAGGACAUCCGCACGACAGCACCUAUUGUCUCGAAAAGCUCGACUACGAGUGUGACCGGUUUGGGUCUAUCGUUACAGAAUGCAGCGAACGCACCAGUAGCCAAGAAAAAGAAAAAGAAGGCAGUGGGUACAGAAGGACGGCAUCUGGCAGAAGGAGGUAUGGCCAGUAAGCCACGAGGAGACGCCAUAUCUCCGGAAAGUUCCCCGCCAGCGCGCACGCAAUCACCACAACGUUCAGCUCCAGCUCCGGAGCUUCCGCCUAGUCCUCAGAGUCCCCAAAGCUCGAUCUUGUCCGAUAGCUCGAGCGAGUCCGAAGCUCCCGGCCCGCAAUCGAGGCCAUCUCCACUUGUCAGGCAACCUUCAACUGUUAUGGAGAAUCCUGAAGUUGAGGAAGAGGCGGAGAGAGCUGAGGCGGGAGGCCGUGCGGAAGUUGCGUCUGAGGUGCCCGCAAAAGUCAUGGUGUCGAAAGAGCAGGAGCAAAGAACAGUGGGCCCACAAGUCGAACAGCGCUUGGGUCGUGGUGCGGAUUCGGAAAAGCUGAAACCUGAUACUGGACGUGCAAAAGGUCACCAAAGGCAAUCUUCCCUCAGCCCAGCCCGUUCAGCGCAUUUUGCGCCAACCGCCGUGGACAUCUCAACUGGUGUGAAACAUCAACCGCCGCCAAGAUCUAUAUCGCCCGCGAAAUCAGCAAUGAAGCACUCACCCUCUUCCUCGAUUCGAACUGGCUCGCCCGUUGCACCUCAUACAGCUGGACGAGCUCAGUCGGAUGGUGGUUCGGAGGCUGGAUCCCAUGACGGCUACAAGCCCAGUCCUCGCAAAAAGAAGGGCGUGCGAGUCAGCUUCGAAGAGAAUAUUACUCAAGAAGAUUCGUCAUCUUCUCCUUCCUCCCCCGCCGGCUUAGAAUCUUCUCGCUGGAGCGGUCGGACUCUACAGGGUAUGGACGAUGACCUGGAUGAAAUCAUGAAACCCAGACCUGAACUGCCCUCCUUUGGAAGCAUCAGAAGAGAGCGUCGUCCUGUCGGCGAGGAGAUUGCUGAGAAGGUCACAGAAACUGUCCCAUCGAUGUCCAAUUCAACAAGUACAAUGGCCGAGCCACUUGAGGCAUCGAGCGACCACGCCGUCGGCGGCAUUAUCGCACAGAGCCUUGAGACCAAAAAGCGGACCAAGAGCGGAAAUCAACCAAUUGCACCUGACGUCACUUCUGUGGAAGGCACCGGCUAUGCCUCAGACGACACGGAAUCGAGCAUGGAUGAAUCGGAGACAGCAAGCAACCAUGAGGCAGCAGCCAAUGGCGUUGGAUCCGGCACAAACACUCUCCCUGCCAUCCCUGAGAAGAAAUCAGCCGAGCCGUCGCCUGCUCUUGAUGUACCAUCAGUACCUCAAAUCGCUGUGCAACCUGCAACGCCAGGAACAGAUGCUGAAAACCAGGACCCUCCGUUUGAGAUGCCUGGGGCGUGGUCCGACCUGGAUGAAGGGUCGGCGGACGAGAGUGUAGGUGCUACGACUGCUUCAUUGACAUCACAAGAGCAUCCCGGUACCAAUGAUCCAGGCUACGGUGGCCAGUUCCAUGUUUUUUCCGCAAGAGAUCUCCAACCAGUCACGUCACACCAAAGCAGCGUGGACCGCUAUCUCAAUCACUCUGCGGAUGAAAGUUCAGAUGAUGAGAGCGAUGGCAGCAGCGUCUACAGCGACGCUGCCGAAGACCCCUCUGAACUGGAAGGUGGUUUCGCGUCAUUAGAUGCUAUUGUCGAAAGCCCUGUCAUCCCGCCGCCGUCAGAGGUUGAAUCCGUCUCACCUCCAGAGAGCCCGAUCGUCGACAAACAGGGACAGCAGUCCAAUUCUCUUGAAAAAGACUCGGUUGCAACACCCAGUACAGUCGAAAUGAGGCGGGGAGAACAACCGGAUAAACCCGUAUCAAACAAGCCUAGACCCAAGUCCAAGGCCACUGUAAAAGCGGCAGCGCUUGAAUACGAUGCGGCACCAAUACUCAAAUCCCCCAAGCCGAAAAAGAAAGCGACGGUGGUUCCUGAACCCAUCGUGGUGGCCGCUGGACCUGCGCAGAAGGCAGCGCCGUUGCCGCACGCGCGUGAAGCACCACAGCCGAAGAAGCCAGCAUUGAGAACGAGUAUGCGUGCGGGCAGACCCGCAACGGAACAAGAGGGAACUUCUGUGCCAGCUGUGCGGAAGUCGAUGCGGACCUCAAUGCGAGACUCCCCGGCAGGUCACGCAACUGCGCGAUACAGCGAGCCUGCAACGGUUGAAGCACGUGAACCAAAGGGUGCACUCCAGAAGAGGAACAUCCCACUCGCGGCCCCGGCGCAGAACCGGCGAAGCGCGCCUGCGGGCAUUCCGGCCACCUCGAAUCGAGUGUCGGCCACACCUGCUCUUGGUCGGACUUUGUCCAAUGACUCGGAUGCGUCUGACAGCAGUUUCAAAAGACAGCGCCGUGGUGCAUCAUCUUAUGCGGAGGGAAGAUACUCGAUGCGACGAAGUAUGCGCUCCGGACCAUCGCCGAAACCUCAUGCGUCUGCUCCUGCUCCGACGUUGAGAGCAACUCCGCCUAGCGCGGCUCCGGCACCUCGGUCUUCGAGACUGAGUAUUCGGUCAUUGUCCCCGACCGGCUCCCUCUUCGGCAAACGGAAACCGAUGAUCAACAACCAGGAAUCCCCGCAGCCCACUUUACGGGCACAGGGUCCGCCGCCCGCUAAAUCAUCCAGAUUUUCCACCGGGGGCAAAGGCUCACCUAAGUUGGGCUCGUCGCGCUUCCAAUCGCGUUACGAAGACUCUAGCGAUGAUGAAGAUGUUGGCAGGCUGCCAAAGUUCCGCUCACGCUUCGCUGACUCGGAUGAGGAGGACGAUGUCACCGAGCUUCCUUCCGAGCUGAGGCCUGUUCGGGGUAUCCCGCGACGUGCCGAUGACGACGGAGACUCGACUGAGCUCGAGGACGAACUGAGUGAUACGGAUGGCCCUUCAUCGCCAGUCAAACGUCCUGCGGCUGCCACCAAUGGCAACACCAAUGGUGCAACGGCAGAGCCCAAAAGUUCUCUGCGCGACAUUCCAGUCAGCCCAACCCGCAAAGAGAAGCGGGGCUUUUUCGGUCUGGGCAAGAAACGUCGCGAUUCUGCAGACGUACCCCCAAAGACACCUCCAGAGACGGCCGCCCCUGCGGCCGCCGCUUCACCACGCGCUAAGCUUCAGCGACGCGAUUCACAUGGCCGUCGCACCUCGGAAUCAUGGCCACUCCCGCCUGCCAUUCCGGACGAGGAUCCCAGUAUGGUGGCUGGACGGCCUACGACUUCUGACGGUUCGCCAACAAGACCGCGCCUUAACAAGCGACGGAGCACUGGAGGCGAAACCGCUGAAUCAGAGCCGGUGGGCAAUGUUGCCGUUGGGCGCAGCGGCAAGAAGAAGAAAUUCCCAAUGCUGAGAAAGGCGUUCCGCCUCAAGGAUUGA